AUGAAUCUAUUGCUGACUCUGCCGUUCGGAAGUCCUUCAGAAGAAGUGGAAGAGACCGAUGACACGGAUGGCGCGAAGCCAUUAAAAGCCGUCCCAAGAAAUAUAGCGACCAUUGAAUCGUCGAAAAUGAUGGCCGACGCUCUGAAUUUCGUGAAGGAAAGUGUGGCCAAAAUUGGGGAAACUUCUGAACCUAAAGAGGAAAAGGAGGAGUCGGACGGACAGAAAACGGUCAUUGCUUUCAAGAGUAUUGUCUUUGACUUCAAACUCAACCAAAUAUUAGUGACACUGUUUGAAGGCAAUGAGAGAAGUGACAAAUCGGCGGUCGCAACGGCACAGUUGAUCCGCUUUGAGAUAUACGGGGAGCUAUUGACUGACACCUCCAUAUGGGCGACGUGUCUCAUUGGGGAUCUCUCCCUGAAUGACGUCAGGACUUCAAGAAGUGAAUCCGGGAUUAAGACACUAUUAGAGAAAGAUUUGCAAAUCGCUUCGACGAGUAGUGCUGAACAGAAGGACUCUAUGUUUGUGUUGCAGUUUAUUCAGAAAUCUAAUGAAAGUGCCCAUGAUGUCGACGCUUAUAUUAUGAGACCGGCAAACCUGAAAAUCAACGGAUCAGUCAAUGGUGAUGUGCAUAUGCUUGACGUGAGUUUAAGUGAAAUUCAGAUCUUCAUAUCGCCCCCAAUGGUCAACAUUGUGGUCAAUAUAUUGUCAAAAGUGGGUUCGAGUUCUGAUACAAACGGUUCGAGUGAAGAACGAAAGAUAAAUCCUUCGAAUUUGUUUAAACUCCGAGCGAAUGAUAUCAAGAGUUGGUUCUUGAGUUAUAUACCGGUCGCCGAAGAAGCGACUGAAGAAUUUGAGUCCAUUAGCGAAAAGCCUGUAAUCUCUUCCAAACAACAACUCUAUCUCAAUGUGAAGUCCGUUAGCAUUAUCGUCGAGUCGGGAGGUCUGGACUCUCAGCCAUUAGUUAAAUUGAAUUCAAUUUUCAGUGGAAAACUAUCUGGUUAUAAAUCCCUGUCUGCCAACUGCUCUCUAAUCGCUGAUUAUUAUAAUGAAAAUAAAUUCUUUUGGGAACCGCUUAUAGAGCCCAUUGAAGGCCUUAAUUUGCGUAUAUUUUUGCUGGACAGUAGUGUUAAGAAACGAAGCACUGAUAAAAGUAGUAAAGCUAUUGCUAAAGCUGUCCAAAACGAGACGCUUGUGAUAAAAGCCGGGGAAGAGAUACCUCUAAUCGCGACAGACCUCAAAGAAAUAGAGCUUAAUAUUGGAGAACAACCAUUACAUUUAGGGCGCGUUAAACCACUUUCUAUUCUGGAACUGCCACUCGAUGCCAUUUACGGAGAAGAUUGUGAGCUUAAAGUGAAACCGUCUGCUGAUUACAAGAUUAGCGAUAAGAUAAUUGAAUGGCGAAACUCAGUCGACAAAAGAAGUUCUGCGAAACUAUGUCUCCCUUUAUGUGAUUCUCCGUCUAAACAGCCUUUGAUUCUGGAGUCGGUGUCCGAGAUUAUUGCCAGCAAUAAGUUCUUCGUUAAAGUCAAAUGUGAUCACAAAGAAGUGCACUUCGAAGACACCAACGCAUCGAAUGUCGAAUCAGUUUUCUAUCAAAUAAAACUCAUACCAAUCGUCAAACUUAAGAAUCUAUUGCCGUAUUGUAUAAGUUAUGCCACCGAAGGAAUCGAUCAGAACUUACCUCUAGAGUCCGGACAAGAAGCAGAUUUGUCUUCUGUUAGACUCGGAGAGACAGGCAUUCAACUGACUCUAAAUGAUUAUUUGGAAAGAGAUUGGAGUUGUUUUAAAGUGAUACCCGGAUAUGGCCCCGAAAGUGAUAUCCACUUAUGGAAGUUUGUGACCACAGGGCAUGAAAGACCACUUUCACUUGAUUUGGCCGUUAAGUUAUCGGUGGAGAACUCAUCCCUAAUAGUCUCUCUAUACGCGCCCUUUUGGAUGAUUAACCGGACGUCUCAGCAAUUGGUUUAUCGCAUCGACGACGAGACGGUCUUAUAUCACGCGCAGACAGUCAUCACUCCCGUCCUCUUGUCAUUCAAACCCAAGAGUUUCUUCUGUAAGAAGAAGUUGUGUCUCUCUAUCGGUGACUCGAGAUUCUCUGACGGCUUCUCCAUCGAUGUGGUCGGAAGUAAAGGCAAUAUAAUCGCCAAAUCAAAGAACGGAAAAUUCAAUUAUUAUGUGUCGGUCGACAUACAACUGUCGCGAAUUGGUUUGAGUAAAAUCGUGACAAUAACGCCCUUCUACUCGAUAAUUAAUGUGUCGUCCAGUGCUCUGGAAGUGUCUGAAGACAACGACGAGUGGUUCCCAAUUGACAGCCUAUCAAACAAUGCCUUUUGGCCCAAACGAACCAAAAAUCAGCAGAUUUUCUUGAGUUUGGACUCUAAAUCUUCGUCUUCACAACCUCUGUCAUUGUCUGACUCGUCAUCCACUUUGGUUGCGGUCAAUGGGCUGUACUUCUACGUUGACAUCGAUAUCAGCGAAUGGGACGCAACCAUCAAAAUAAGUGAUUAUUUUGAUGGUUCGGCGCCCGUUAUGUUAGUGAAUGCACUGAACACUCCCAUCAUGUUUGGCCAAAAAGGAGUGACUGUCUGGUCAUCAAAAACUGGUGAACAGAAACACGUGAAUACAUUGCCGGCAAACCAUUCAGUUCACUACACAUGGGUUUUGCCUACUGGUGUCCGUCUACUUGUCUGGAAGUCAAAUGAUAGAGUCGAUGAACAGGUGGUUGACUUGAAAUGCGAUACAUUGCUUGAAGUAGACGUCUCUCAAGAUAUUCUUCACACAAAAGUAUUUGUGGUUUCAUUCCUCGACGGAAAACAAAGAGUUUUGUUGUUUACAAACGACUACUUAUUAGCGACGAAUGCACUUCAGGCGGGAGAGAUAACUAAACCCAAAAUGAAUGUUGAGUUCAUAAUGAAAGGAAUUGGUCUUUCGGUUGUCAACAAUGAUAUUAAUAAAGAGAUCCUUUACAUAGCAAUCACCAGACGUCUGGCAAACCGAGGCAUAUGGGUGUCCAUUGCUCUGUCCGAACACAUCGUACAGUUUCAUAUGAAAGUGAAUCGCCUACAAAUUGAUAACCAAAUGCCGGACCAUAUAUUCGAGAUCGUUAUGUGUCCGAUGAGUACAAUCACAGAAUCGCUGCUGUCGUCGCGUAAAAGUUAUUACGAUUUUAUUCACUUCUCUCCCCUCAAAGUCCACUUGAGUUUCUCAAUGGCCGGCGCUGCGGGCGGACAGUUGCCGCUCGGACUCGACUUCUUUGUGCGGUCGGCCGGUGUGACGCUCACAGAGUUUAAUGACGUUGUCUUCAGACUCGACUAUUUUGAGCGCAAAAACCUAUUACUCGAGAAUUCAGAGCUCAUCUCAAUUGUGACCAAACACUACACGACUCAAGUGCUCAAACAGUUUUAUGUUCUGGUGUUAGGACUGGAUUUGAUUGGAAAUCCUAUGAAACUAGCGCUCGGAUUGACUGAAGGCGUCGGUGACUUCUUUUACGAACCAUUUCAGGGCAUAAUUCAAGGUCCGGGAGAAUUCGCUGAGGGUAUAAGCAUUGGUGUCAAGUCUUUAGCGUCGAAUGUUGUCGGAGGAGCUGCCGGUGCUCUCGGAAGCAUUACUAAUACAUUAGGCGAAGGAGUGUCAGCGCUGUCCAUGGAUGACAAGUUUAGACGAGAACGUCGCUCGCGAUUAAACCGAAAGGUUGGGUUCGCAGAGAGCGGCAAAAAUCUAUUCAAAGGUUUUUACUCUGGAGUGACUGGAGUUAUAACACAACCCAUUGAAGGCGCCAAAGAAGAUGGCAUCGGAGGUCUGUUCAAAGGGAUGGGUAAAGGCGUUGUGGGUAUCAUUGCUCAGCCGACUACCGGACUCAUCGAUUUCACUUCGGGUUCACUGCAAGCCGUAAAACGAGCUGUAGAUCCCAAGCAAGAGGCCAAACAGAUGCGUCCGCCCCGGUAUGUCGACCACGACGGCAAACUAAGGCGAUAUAACAGACAUUACGCCUCAGGCCACACAAUUCUAAAGGAAAUGGAAAACGGGAAGUAUUCGACGGAUAACUAUAUAACCCACGUCAGUCUCGGCCCAAACGCUUUGAUUAUGUUGUCCGACAAACGGCUGAUGGCAGUCAAGAAGGGUAUGAUAUCUCACAACUGGGAGUCUGACUGGUCUGAAGACUGGUAUAACUGUCAUAAAGUUGCCAUUUCUGACGACGGAAUGAAACUUAGGAUCACAACUAAGUGGCUCAUCGAACAGAUCAACAAACAGUUGAGACGAUAAAUGAACACAAGAUUCCCGAUUGAAGUGAAAAAAGUUAGAGGAGAAGCGAAAAAACAAUAAAAUUUUAUUUUAAUGACAGCUCAACGUAACUGAAAGGCCAGCGAUUGAAAGCAUAACCGAAAACAAUAUAUUGCGAGCAAUGGAUGAAAGGCUCUUAAGUGUAGAAAAUAUUCCAAUUAUUUAUUGCACUCUCGAUGCCAUCAAUUGGUUUGGUUGGGAAGGAGUCAUAGAAAACAGCGAAAAGCAGUCAUAAAACAAAAGAGAGAAUAAAAUUUGAGAGAAAGAGAUAUAAGAGUAGAGAAUAAUAGUUAGCGAAUAGGGCUGUGAUUGGAGUGUAAUAAAGAGGCAAAACAUGCGAACGGCUUAACAUUCAAACAGCGAUUCUUCGCUAAUAAUAAUAGUUUUUUUGCUGCUAUUAUGCCUUCCCUGGUAGUGAUCUCCUUCUUGGCUCUAAAUAAUGUAAUUAUAAUAAAAAGUUUCGCCGAAACGACAACGAACUCAACGAUUCGUACGCUUUUUUUUGUGCCCAAAACUACAACUAAAAAGUCUUUUCGUCACAAAAUUUGAAUUUUAUUUUAAUUCCCUCUCACUUUGCUUUCGGUCCAUAAAUUUUUGGCUUCAAUUUUAAUGCCUUUUGUUUUGACUUCUAUAGAGAUAU